GCAGGUGCCAGAUAGUCAUAACUGAUGAUAAUGGUUGCAAAUACUUACCUAACUGUUAAUUCUGGAGAAACCUGUAUUAAAAUGUAAUCUGGAAAACACAAAUAUUACUUAAAUGAGAAUCAACACGGUCACCACUGAUAACAAAACUGUUAUAACAUCACGUGUGUUGGGGUAGAAAUCCGUGGAAACACCUUUAAGUGACAUCUGAAGGACGUUAUUUGCACUACACUGAAAGAGGAAUCCCAUUCUUCUACCUUUUAUGGACAUUUGGUCUUCAAACGGAACCUUCGUUUCAGAACCCGUUUCAAGCCGGACGUGUUUUUAGGACUCAACAAACAUGGCGGCCACCAACAGUCGAUCAUGCCUUCAGUAUUUAAUACAUCUUGCACAUGAUCAUCUAGACUUCAGGUUGCCGGAGAUUAAGGCUCUGUUGUCUCUCAGAGGAAAACCAUUCACACCCUCUGAAAACUUCAAAGAAAAGUGUCCUUUUUGGUGCUUGGAAGGUUUGUCUGAGGAGGAUGUUUGCAGUGUCAUGGCCAGAUCUGUUUGUGCAAAAUCUGCUUUUGAAUUAUGGGGUCAUGGACAAACACACAGUGAACUCAGAACAUCCCUCUUGAACUACCCAAUGGAGAAUAUGACCCCUUUCAUGCGUAAAGACUCCACAUACAGAAUCAAUGUCUACACCUUCAAUAAGACUCUGGAAUUUGCAGACAGAAUCAAAAGGAUUGAUGCUUUGGAUUAUCUUCCUUUUGAGGGUACAGUGAGCCUCAAGAGUCCUCAGCAUGUCUUCUGUCUGCUGGAAGAUUAUGGCACUGACCCCAAUAACAUACCUGAACAUCCAGAUUACAUCUAUUUUGGCCGAUGGAUAGCGGAUGGACAGCGUGAACUGAUUCGUUCCCACAGUGUGAAGAACAGACACUUCAUUGGAAAUACUAGUAUGGAAGCCGGCCUUUCUUUCAUCAUGACCAACCAUGCAAAAGUGAAAGAAAAUGACCUGGUAUUUGAUCCGUUUGUCGGCACCGGAAGUUUGUUGGUCGCGUGUUCUCAGUUUGGAGCCUAUGUAUGUGGAACAGACAUCGAUUACAACACCAUUCAUGGAAAAGGUCGGUCAAGCCGUAAAAACCAGAAGUGGAGAGGAGUCGAUGAGAAUAUCAGAGCUAACCUGCGACAGUACGGCACAGAGAAGAUGUAUUUAGACGUAAUGGUGUCUGAUGCAUCUAAACCCGUGUGGAGGAGAACUGCAGUGUUUGAUGCCAUCAUUACUGAUCCUCCAUAUGGCAUCCGUGAGUCAACCAGGAGAACAGGCUCAAACAAAGACAUGACUAAACCUUGUGAUGGCGACUAUGCAGAGUCUCAUGUCCCCGUUUCACAGGAGUACCACCUGAGUGACAUCUUCUCAGAUCUGUUAAACUUCUCUGCUCAUCAUCUGGUCAUGGGAGGGAGGCUGGUCUACUGGCUCCCUGUCUACAGGCCAGAAUACUGUGAGGAGAUGGUUCCUCUUCAUCCAUGUCUCCGACUCAUCAGUAACUGUGAGCAGACGCUGUCCAGCCACACCUCACGACGCUUAAUCACCAUGGAGAAGGUCAAGGAGCCGGAGAUUCCAGACUCUUGCUGAAAGGACAGUGGCCAAACAUCUGUGUGCUGGCACUGAGCAGCGACAGGUCUACUGCAGAUUGGUAAUGUGCAUGGAAAAACACACUCACAUACACACGCCUCUGCGCAUAGAGGUGCUCCAUCACAUACAGCAUAAAAAUCUACGUCCAGAAACACUCACUGAUAUGUAUUUAGCAGGUGCUCAAUAAGUCAACUUUCAACACAGACUCAGAGAGGUGUAGCAGCUGGAGAGGCAUGCUGAAAAUCAAACACACCUUCUGUCCACUCACAGCUCACCUUGAGACCGCCGGCUAGAAAGAAAACAAUAAAGGCAAGCAUGACAAAUCCUGUUGCAAACCUACUCAGUCCUUGAAACUCAAGAUGUGAAUGCAAAAUUAAGUUAGAAAGACCACAAAUCAGGAAAAAAAGGUUAUCACCCAAUUUCCAGGACACAGAUGUGAUUGUUUUACUGUAGCUGCGAUACUGUUCCAGUUGGCGGCUGUUUUUAAGACUAAGAUGUUAUUAAGCCUCUCCCACUCAUGUUUUUCUUUUAUGAACAUUGUAUAUCUACGACUGAAACCAUUUUCCACUGUUCGGGAUGAGAUGGACCACCUGCUGUUCGUGUGCUGUGCUGAAAUUCAUUCCAACAUAAAGAUUUUAUUCACUGUUACAAAAGUGUCAAGGCCACUGAAAGACAGACUGUGAUAGUGAUGAUGGUUACCAAACUCAAAUCUCUCCUUAUAUGUUUGUGUGUCUUUUUUUGGCCUUACUUUUCUCUUCUGUCUGCAUUUUGGCUGCAGUAAAUUGCAUUAUGUCAAGAAACCAGACAUGAUGACUAUUCAUGACAGAGAUAAUAACACUGAGGACAAGGCAUAGUAGUUGAUAUUCACAGACCACUGCAUAAUCAUAUUCUUAAAGAGCCCAAGUAACGCUGAUCUGACAGCAUUGUUUUGAUGUUCUCUUUUUUCCCUGUGAAAAACAGCAGGUUUGUGUUUGGGCAGAUGGACGGGAGUUGGCUGAUGCUCCCUGGGGAUGAAAUCAACUCUGCCGUAGACCGAGGUCCAUGUUUAUCUUUGGGCUUUAUUAGAUGUUGAUGUUGGCCGUGUGAGAGGACCACUUGUUUAAAAAACUAUUUUUAAGGGAAAAGGGAAAAUAGAGAGAGAGAGAAAGAGGUGGACUGAGAAGAAGGAGAGAAGGCAAGACAGUGAGUGCACUUUUUUUUGGAUUUCAUCAACUGUACAUCUAGAUAAAAAAAAAAAAAAAAGACAUACAUGAAGGAAUUCAUUCCUCGUGUUGCUCAUAGUACAUGUUGUUCCAGAGCUUAAGGAACAAAGCUAAGG